AUGAACGCCUUCAUAGCGUUCCUGGAGAGAUGGCUAAAGAAAUUGAUCUCAAUACUUGAUACGACCGAUUUUGCCAUGCCAAAUUGCUCAGAUGUAUUACCUCACAUUGCUAUGUACGAUCAGCCAUCAGCGCGAUAUUUCAUAACGCGGUGGAAUUUACCGAAAUUCUGCGGAAAAUUUGGUGAUAUCUCCGGUCAGUUCACUUACAGAUAUGGAACCCUAUCAACGGGUUUUACUCUCGAUCGGUGGCGCCUUCAGUGCGCUGGUCAUGAUUUUGGCUGUUCUACAGUGGUUCCAUAUAUGGACGUACGUUUCAGAGGAGAAACGUCAAAACAAGCUCUACUUCUUGAUCUCGUUAUUUCCGGUUAG